AUGGGAAUCGAUGGUAACAACAUCUUAGCUGAAAGCUUAAAAAAACAGGGCGUGGAAUAUGUGUUUGGUAUAGUGGGUAUACCGGUGAUUGAAACAUCUUUAGCAUUUCAAGCUGCUGGAUUGAAAUAUGUAGGAAUGCGUAAUGAACAAGCAGCAUGUUAUGCAGCGCAAGCAAUUGGUUAUCUUACUGGAAAGCCAGGUGUAUGCUUGGCUGUCUCAGGGCCUGGUCUCCUUCACUGCAUUGGAGGUAUGGCCAAUGCCCAAGUGAAUUGUUGGCCAUUACUUGUCAUCGCCGGGUCUUGUCCAGAAGACCAUGAAGGUAUAGGAGGCUUUCAAGAAUGGCUUCAGGUUGAAUCAAGUCGUAUGUACUGCAAAUAUGCAGCAAGACCGCCGUCGCCACGCCUCAUACCGCUUCAUGUAGAAAAAGCAGUUCGUCUUGCAUCGGCUGGACGUCCCGGAGUCUCCUACCUCGAUAUGCCUGCAACGCUACUCACGGCAGAGGCAGAGGAAGAUAAGGUGCCUCUGGACUAUUACAAUGCUAGUCCUAUCAAGCUUGCACAUCCUGACCCAACUUUAGUGGAUCAAGCAGUAGAUUUGCUUUCCAAAGCCGAACGCCCUUUGAUUAUCAUAGGCAAGGGUGCAGCAUAUGGCAGAGCGGAAGAGGCCGUGAGAAAGCUAGUAGAGAAUACAAAAAUACCAUUCCUGCCUACUCCAAUGGGUAAAGGGGUUGUACCUGACGAAUCAAAACAGUGUGUCUCGUCGGCGCGUACUCAAGCUCUACUCAAAGCCGAUGUGAUCCUUCUAUUGGGUGCCCGCCUUAAUUGGAUGUUGCAUUUCGGACAACCACCUCGAUACUCACCUGAUGUUAAAGUUAUACAAGCCACCACCUCUGCUACGGCAGCGCUGGCCUGGAAGAAAAAAACUAUCGUAGAUACAAUCAAGACAAGAAAUCGGCAUGGAGGGUGUAACUAUAUACCGGAAUUGCUGGAAGAUGUCAAGACCAUCAAAUGCGAACUAGAAGAGCUAAAAGACGCUUGUAAUGCAAACAACAAGCGACCGGACGAGUUCGACGUCAGAAUUACAACGAUGGAGGAAAACGUAUCAGAGAUCAAUCAUAUCAAGAACAAGCUCGCUAUAACGCACGUUGAUCUUGAUCGUAUUCACAGAACAGUGUUUUCGGCGGAAUAA